AUGAUGCCCCCAGAACUCGCCCGUGCUCAUUCACAGGGCAGUGUCGUCUCCCAAACAACACAGAUCGCCCCUCACAGCCGGCCAGGUACUGCGGACCCAGUGCGAGCACGCUCUGAGGCUGUGUCAAGGGCUAGCCGUCGUCCUCGAUCCCGAGGCUCGACAGCAAGCAUUCACUCGAGCACCACCCAACAAACUCAGGACCAACACCUCGACGGAUUCCCCCAAUUUAUGACCUCGCAAGUGGGAAAUGGUCAACACAUGUUCAACAACCCGGAGGAUAUGCUGAUGCGCUUCGGAAACCAGUUGUCACAUCAUUCCAAUGCUGGGUCUUUGGAUCAAUCGAUGCAGGACACCCACUCUGUGAUACACCGACCAGAAGACUUCCCAAACCACCCGAUGCAAGGUCACGCAAUGUCCCAUCACUCGAUACAGCCAGAUCUUCCGAAUGGCCUGCCCAACGUUUCUGUUCCACAAUACCAGCCGAUAUACGACAGUGGCGUGGAAAACCACAUUCCGGACCAUCUCGUUGAGGAACAAGAGAUAUCGGAACCGGGCGGAAAAAAGAAAAGAGGAGCCAGUUCCACUGUCGCAAACGACAACGAGUUGCGGAAGCUCCUUCGCCAGUACGAGGGAUGGAGUCUCAAGCAAAUGGCAGCUGAAGUGAUGAAGAAUGAGGGUGGUGGGGGCAAGGCCGAAAAAGUGAAGCAGGUCUUCGCAAUGAUUUGGUUGAGAGAGAAUUGCCGCAAGAGCAGUGGCUCAGUGCGUCGUGACCGGGUUUAUUGCUGCUACGCAGAGAACUGUGGAACGGAACGAGUUUCAGUCCUGAACCCUGCGUCCUUUGGAAAGCUUGUUCGCAUCAUCUUCCCCAAUGUACAGACCCGACGUCUCGGAGUCCGCGGCGAGUCAAAGUAUCACUAUGUGGAUCUGUCGGUGAUUGAGGAAAAACAACAGAAGCUUGCGCCACUCAACCCGCAGGUUCCCCAACAUCAAAAUGGUGCCGCUUCUAUGCCCCCACGAUCCGCCAGUGGCAUGCGCUCGAGAAGUGCCAGCGUACAUCAACCGACUGCCGACACUGCCGUCUUCCCUUCUCCUACAACUUCUUUCGCCCCUCGAUUCCCGAACAACCCAUCUCCUGCAGACUGCAACUGUCAGGGCCACACCCAAUCCGGCCCAGAUGCAACGAUCACCCGUGAGAACGUGGCCCAGCAGGCUGGGAAGAUGAUCCACCAAAUGCUUCAGUUCCCGAUGGAUGAGAACACGCAGGUUGAUAAUGAGACCCUUCAACUUCCUGAUCUGCGUAGCUAUCUACCAGUAAACACGGACUCGAAAGUUGCAGCGGCUCUGGCUGCCUUAUAUCGAUCCCACUGCAUCUCGGUCAUUGACAGCUUCCGAUACUGCAAGGAAAGGAACCUCAUGAAAUACUUUUCCGCGUUCCAUGGAACUCUCACUGUUCCUGUUCAAAAGCUCUUGACCCAUCCUAACCUCGCUCCAUGGAUCAAGGAGUGUGAUUGGAUGAUGUAUCAGAAGAUGAUUGCGUUCGUGGCGCCCCUGACAACCCAGGUAGUCCCCAAGCCAGUCCUGGACGCUUUCAACUCCAUCUCACAACGCCUUUGUGGGCACAUCGCUGAAACCUUCAAGACUCAACCAACGCAUGUUUCCCUAGCACGCCUGAUUCCCGCCCACAUAUUCUGCAACCUUCUCAAGCAUAUGCUUGAUGUGAACCAGGCAGCUAACGCUGCCGCUGCUUGGCUUUGCCAUCCCGAUAACCGAAACCAGAUGUGGACUGACUUUAAAACGAUGGUCAAUCCCAGUGAUAUGAUGACCAAGGCCAAUAUUCCCACGUGUGCUGAGCUAGCAACGGAGCAGAUCCUCAAGCAUGACAUUCGUGCCUUGUUGACUCCUUUGUCCGAUGCAGACCCCUCCACAAGCUUGCCCUUCUACACUAGACCUGACACGCCUGAGUCUAUUGCGGCUCAUAAGUUCCCCGUCGAAUGCGCUCCGGGAGACGAGUACAACUUCCCCGACAAAUGGGUCCAGUUCAUUCUCAAUAUUCCCGCCGCCUUUUCCAACCACCGUACCCAGUGUGUCAUUGAGAAGGUUGAUGCUCUGUGGGACAAUGUGCUCCACCGUCUCACCCUAGCUGGAGCACCUAGCUUCAGUGCGUGGUGGAUGACCAAGGUUUUCUUCCACGAGAUGAUGAUAUGGCAAGCUGAGAAGGGCGGGUUUAUGCGCAAUACUCCUGGAUCUCUGCAAAGCGCAACGUUCGGUCCGGAAUCUCUCGGGAAUUUUCAGAUGAGACCGGCUUCCGCCACUGAGGCAUCCCCUUUUGACGUAUCAAACGAUGCCCGAGUCAAGACCGACCCCAGUCCCGUGGCUCACAAUACUCAGCAGGCCCAGCCCCGAACUCAACAGCCGGAGUUCAAACAUCCUCCGAACGAAAAACGGCUGUCUCUCCAAGACCCGGCCUUCCAAGGGCAUAAUAAUGACGACAGCGCUAUCGACCUUGAGGAUGACACUAUGCUGCUUGCGGUUGGUAAAUACGGGGACAUGAUGGUCUCUGACCCCGCGGACGCGGAGGGUGAUGUGGUCGUCAUCUAA